GUCACCUCAUUCCCCAGCCUCAGAUCAUGAUUUCUCCUCACACUACCGCGACGCCACCUCAGCCCGCGUAGCCCCGGCCAUGGCUCUGUAGCCGCGACCCCUCUGUGCCCCCGGCCAGUCUCCGCGCUCACCGCGCCUGCGCUCUCCGCUCCUACCUUCUUUCUUCAGCCGAGGCCGCCGCCGCCUCUCCUUUGCGCAGCCAUGGAGUACUCCGCUUUUGCCUUGGUGCCUGUCUUCGUGCAGCUGAGUAACCGCCAGAGCCUCCUGCCACUUGUUGGUGCAGCCUUCUCCAUUGCCAUCCGUGCCCAACGCCCGUGCUGCAGCCAUGUCACUCCUGGCGACCCUGGGGCUGGAGCUGGACAGGACCCUGCUCCCAGCUAGCGGGCUGGGCUGGCUUGUAGACUAUGGGAAACUCCCCCUGGCCCCUGACCCCCUGGGCCCCUAUGAGGUCCUUGGGGGAGCCCUAGAGGGCGGGCUUCCAGCGGGGGGAGAGCCCCUGGCAGGCGACGGCUUCUCCGACUGGAUGACCGAGAGGGUGGACUUUACAGCCCUCCUCCCUCUGGAGCCCCCCUUGCCCUCAGGUGCCCUCCCCCCACCUUCCCCACCCCCACCUGACCUGGAAGCUAUGGCCUCCCUCCUCAAGAAGGAGCUGGAGCAGAUGGAAGACUUCCUUGAUGCCCCACUCCUCCCACCAUCCUCCCCACCUCCGACACAGCCAGCACCAGCACCCCCCCUCUCCCUUCCCCUCCCCUUGCCCACCUUUGACCUCCCCCCGACCCCGGCCCCAGACACCCUCGACUUGCUGGCCAUCUACUGCCGCAGUGAGGCCGAGCAGGGGGACUCGGGGUUGGCGCCCCUGUGCCCCCCACAGCAACCCCCUUCUCCUCCCCCUCAACCCUCCCGCCCCACCCCCUACCCCAAUCCUGCCGCCACCCGAGGGGACCGCAAGCAAAAGAAGAGAGACCAGAACAAGUCAGCAGCUCUGAGGUACCGCCAGAGGAAGCGUGCAGAGGGCGAGGCCCUGGAGGGCGAGUGCCAGGGGCUGGAGGCCCGGAACCGGGAGCUGAGGGAGAGGGCUGAGUCGGUGGAGCGGGAGAUCCAGUACGUCAAGGAUCUGCUUAUCGAAGUGUACAAGGCUCGAAGCCAGAGGACCCGGCCUAGCUAGCUGGGCCGGGUCUUCAGGCCAUAGCGGGCAUGCUGCUCUUCUGCUGUGGCUCACUUCUGUUUCUGGGGCUGAGCUGGGAGGUCCCCCAUCAUCCCCCUGCCUCUAGCUGCCGUCCAAACUUCCCCUCCCCCUCCCCUUUUAUCCUUGCCUCCUUUCCUGUCCAUUCUGAAUUUGCUCCCCUCCUCCCUCCCCAGAAUCAUGGAAUGUUUGGCCUUAGUCAACAUCUAUACCCUUCAACUAACAGCUGAGGAACAGAGGCCCAUGGGAAAUUGGGGGGGCAGGGGAGAGCUUGGAAACCUGGUCUCUCAAGCAGGGAAGUGAAGCCAGGAAUCUCUGCAGAACGUCUAUGCAAAGGAGGGCAGGGAAGCCAUCUGGAGACUAAGUCAGGGAGGGCUUUAAGAAAGCUGCCCAUAGAAUACAAGCAAAAUAAGCCAAGUGACCUUGGGGAACUACAUUUGGGGGUGGAACCAAAAGGUGGCCGAGUUCACAGAGCAGGUGGAUAAGUGGGCAGCUGGGUA